UCAGCUUCCGCCCGGCGGGGCGGCCAGCUAGGCAGCUGUCGGUGGAGCGGCCCAUGUCAGACGCAGGAGAGGCCCUAGCUCCGGGGCCCCAAGAAGGCGCCGAAGCUGGCGGUGGCUGCCUGGGCGCCCCCGCUCAGGGCUGUUUUGGGAGCCAAAGGAACCAGAAGUGCAGUGGGUUAAGAUUUCUGGCCAGGAAGAAUCAUGCCUUGCUGACCUUGUUUGAUAAAUGUGCAAAAGAAAAUACUGAGAGAGAUAUAACUCAAGCCACCAAUAGGUGCUUCACACAUGGAGAGAUGCAAGACCAGUUCAUCUGGGGAAAUUAUUCAGAUGAUGAACUCAUCAGAACCCAACCUCAGCGCUUGCCUCAGCUUCAAACUUCAGCACAGGAACCAGGUGAAGAGGAAAUAGACAAGAUAAAGAACUGCUACAAAAGUCUGAGCAAUGGAAAAGGAAUUCACCAUGGGCCCAAACAUGUAUCUGUGGAUAAUCGAAGACUUUCGGCACCUGUUUCUCAAAAAAUGCAUAGAAAAAUUCAGUCCAGCUUGUCUAUAAAUAGUGAUAUCAAUAAGAAGAGUAAAGUAAAUGCCGUCUUUUCCCAGAAGCCAGGCUCUUCCCCUGAAGAUUGCUGUGUCCACUGUAUCCUGGCCUGCUUGUUCUGUGAAUUCCUGACCCUCUGCAAUAUUGUCCUGGGACAAGCUUCAUGUGGCCUCUGCACCUCAGAAGCUUGCUGCUGUUGCUGUGGAGAUGAAAUGGGGGAUGACUGUAACUGCCCUUGUGACAUGGAUUGUGGCAUCAUGGAUGCAUGUUGUGAAUCAUCAGACUGUUUAGAAAUCUGUAUGGAAUGCUGUGGAAUUUGUUUUCCUUCAUAAAUAUUUAUAUUUUGUUUGUGUUAAAACUGGAGAGUAUUUUAAAUUUUUUUUAAGGAAGAAGCAAAGCACAUGGUAAAAUUCUCAUGAAACAAACAGCCUAGUAUUUGCACUGUUAACUCAUUUUAAGUAAUCUCUGAAAGCCUUUUUUCCCUCUAACCAAAUCUACAUGGUUUAAUAUGUGAAAUUUUAACUGCUUUUAAGCUCUUUAAUAGGAUUCAAUGACUAAGGAACAUUUUAAUCCAAAAGAAAAAAAGCUAAAUGUCUCCUUUUCAUACAUAUUUCUAUUUCUUUUUAUUAUUCUCAGAAAGUUUUUGCUCCAAAUGUAUUAUUUUUCAAUGGAUAUUAAAAGCAGACUAUUUCUGAUGUGUAUCUAUUAACGGUUAACAGUAAACACUUUUACUUUAAAAUAAACUUUGGGGAAAAAAUCCAAA